CCGUGGCUCAUGGCUUAUACCUUGGUAUUGGCAAUUUAAACCAUAGCACUAGUGAUAAUUAUAAUAAUAAAAAUAAUAAUAAUUAUGAUCAUUAUUAUUAUUAUUUACUGAUACUUCAUUAUUAGCCAACAGCAAUCUGGCACGUUGUAAUAAAAUGAAGUAUAAUAGUGGGAAUUAGGUAAAAUGAUUCUAAUUCAUACAAUUGUAUAUUCCUUGAGAGAAAUUAAUGGUUAUGAAAAACCGUCUUUUAACAUAGAGUUUCUUUGACUAUUGUUUGAGAUGAUAAUUCACGAAAUUUUAACUGUCAAGUAUGUUUUUUUACUACUUGUGUUUUUUGAAUAUAUUACUCAAGUUCUAUGCUUAGAAGUAAUUUAUGCAAUUAAUGCUGGUGGGGAAACAUUUACCGAUAGUUUUGGAAUUAAAUACAUACGAGAUCCAUUAAUGGGGAAAGUUGGAACCGCUUCGGAUUAUGGAAAACAAUUAAUUAUCGGCCGAAUAAAUCCUGUAGAUCAAACUUUGUAUCAAACAGAGCGCUAUCAUCAUUCAACUUUUGGCUACGAUAUUCCUAUUAGUGAAGAUGGCAAGUAUGUGAUGAUACUAAAAUUUUGCGAGGUUUACUUCAACUCCCCAAAUAUGAAGGUAUUCGAUGUUGUCUUGAAUGGUGAUCAUACAGUCGUUACUGAUUUGGAUAUUUUUGAGAAAGUUGGAAAAGGUGUCGCUUAUAAUGAGUACAUUCCUUUCGCAAUACAAAAGGGUAAAUUAAUGUACAAUAACGAGGAAUCUGAUAUUCUUGGAGGAAAAAUAAGGGUGGAAUUUAUUAAGGGCUAUCGAGAUAAUCCUAAAAUAAAUGCAAUAGCUGUAAUCAAAGGAGUUAUCGAUGAUGUACCAAAAUUGGGUCCAAUACCUCCAGAACCUGAUGAAUACCAUGGAAAUCAAGAAGAUGAAGAAGAAUCACCAAUAAAAGCCAGACAUCCAAGUGGUCCUCGCACACCAGAUCCAUAUUCGAUUGAUGAUUCCUCAAUAAUGCUGCCUGUCUUUGUUGCUAUUGGAGCAUUUAUACCUCUUUUGUUUUGUUUAUGCAAACUUUAAAUAUUGUAUGUCUAAGGACAUUCAUGAUGCUAUAGAUGACGAAGAUAUAGUAAAAAAUUAUUAUGCUUAGUUAUAGACCGUUCUAAUUUAAAUAUUAACAAUAUUCCAUGCAAUUUUAAUAUACAUUGAAAACAAACUAUUUUUUAUAUCUAUAAUUGCUUUAAGUGAAAGAGGAAAUUGCAAAGAAAAACAUCCAAAAGUCAAUUGAGUCAUAGUAAACCAAUAUAUUAUAAUGUACUUAAUUUAUUAAAUUUACUUAAUGAAUUUUUUAUUUAUUUUUAUGGAUGAAUAAGUGUAUAUGUAAAUAAAAGAACUUAUAUAAUAUUGUAUUUUAAGUUAUAAAUUAAUAAUACAAUGAUUGAGUUUAUCAAGUGACUUACGCUGAAAUUAAUAGCAAUUUAUAGACCCGUGAUAGUUAAAAAUAAAAACCUUUAUUAUCAAAUAUGAAUUAUCUAUUUAAUGCUCUAUAUUUUUGUAAGCUUCUUUUCUUUCAUUAGAACCACUUAACUUAUUAUCACGUGUUAUCAUAGAUUUAAAGUACAAAAUUCAUUAUUUAUCAAACCAAAAUCUUCAACUUUUUAGAUAAUCAAUAUCAGUCAUAAAUAUUUUUAAUUCGUCCCAAUGAAAGGUAAAAAAAUUAAAUAAUUAUUGAUUUUUUAUACAUGUAGCUUACAUUUUGGUGCUUGAACCUUAGACUAAAAGAAUUGACUGUUGAGUAAUUUACUUUAUUAAUGAUUAUGUCGUUGUUAAACAAAAUAACUCUUUCAAUCGUAAUAAGCUUAUUCAUGUCAUACAAAAACAUGCUCUCACAUGAUUGUCAAACAUUCAAUUCAUCAUUAAUUUAUGAAUUUCACUACUUGGUUACAAUAAUGGCAUGGAAGUGAAUAAAAGAGUAAAUUUAUACAAUACUUAGUUCUUUAUAGAGUUGAAAAAGUGACUGUUAGAUUAUACACUUAAACAUUUUUUUAAAUAAAACGAGACGAUUAAAACACA